CACCGAAGAAGAACAUAGGAAUAUUGCGUAUUACGGAUGCGAUAAAUUGACUUCACUUCGAAGGUUGGAAUAGACAGCAACAGGUAGCCGAAGAGAGGGUCUUCAGCAUUUAACCGGAUCGUUCGACAGAGGACGAAUUUACCAUGUCCUCCAACAACAAUUUUUCAUCAUUUGAUGAUGAGAAUGAAUCAAAAUUUAUGAGGAAAGCAAAGGAGUCGCCGUUUGUCCCAAUAGGCAUGGCAGGAUGUGCUGCAGUGGUAGCCUUUGGUGUGUGGAGGCUGAAGUCACGGGGGAACACAAAGAUGUCAGUCCACCUCAUCCACAUGCGUGUUGGAGCUCAAGGCUUUAUAGUAGGCGCAAUGACAUUAGGGGUGAUCUACUCCAUGUACAAAGAAUACAGUGCCCACAAGGACCUGGGUAAAGACAGCAAGUGAGCCUACCAGCCAAUCAGCAACUGGCUUGACCAGAGAACGCAUCAAGCCUGCCAUUCCUGCAUUGUACUUUUUGAAAUAGAAGUCCUAGAAUGGAUCAUAUCUGUCAAAG